ACUAUUGGUGUGGUUUGUUUGAUAAAACCGACAAGAACAAAGUUGCUUUCAAAUUUUAUCACUUGAACUUUAUAAACCAUGUUUAUCAUUAAUUCAACGGUCUCGUUAACUGUAGUUAGAAAAAAUGUCAGAUUUUAAUAUAUUAAAUAGAUCACAUUCCGAAUCAGACAUCUACGUAUCUCAAUUUAACAAUUUAACUGUAAGUUCUCUCGACAAAAAAAAUUUUAACAAUUUUCGUAGUUCUUGUUCAUCUAUUGUGAGACGAAUUUAUAUGGAAGAAGUAUUUUGUUCUAAUGGAAAACAAACUGGAAACAUGAUUAGGAAAUAUAGUUUAAUAGAUAUGGAAUAUGCCCCUAAAGAAAGAAAACUAGAAGAAAACAAUGACGAGGCUGUUGAAGAGGUUCCAAUGGAAGUGGAUAUUUCAUUUUCUAAUGAACAAUUUUCAAAUAUAAUGGAAUCAGAUGAGUUAGUCUCUCUACCAAGAUUAAGAAAAGUUAAUGACUUUGAACAUAAUGAUGAAACUGACUGUGAGAGUAUGCAUAUUCUACCAGAACGAACAAAACCCAGAGUAAUUCACAUUAAUCCUAUUAAAAAGAUCUAUAAAUGGAAUAUUCCAGUUUUCAUAACUUUUAUAAUAAUUAGUAUUACAUGCCUAAUUUUUUCCACAAAUCUUACUAUUUUUACGGUAAAUAGUGAAAUUCAACUAGAACAUAUUAGGAAUGAUCUGAAAUUGAAUAUUCAUGGACACAAAAAUUUAAUAGACAGAUUUAUUCACAUCUUAGAUAAAAGAGAGAACUGGUCUGACAAAUUACAGAUCAUCAGUUUCAUAGGAUCACAGGGAGUAGGUAAAACCUUUUUUGCAGGAUUAGUGAAGGCACAUUUUUCAAAUCACUUAUCACAUGAUUUAUAUGGCACACAUUUAUUAUACAAUAAUCAAAAGCAAAAGAUUAUAGAUGCUAUCAAUGAUUGCUGCUUGAAUUUGAUAGUAAUUGAUGACUUAAAACUAACUGAUACAGUUGAUCUUUUUUCAUUUGCGCACUCUCUUCCUAAGAAUUCAUUUAUUUUAUUAAUUGCAAUUUUCAAUACUCAUUAUACUGGCAAUGUAUUAAAUCCAGUUAUUAAUUACAAUGAUAUAAUCAAAAUACGUGAUGAUUUCAAUGAUUCAGGUAUUAAAAAUUAUGAAUUGUUUGUAUUUGAAGAUUUUACAUAUGAUCAAAUAGAAGCCUGGAUAAUAAAAAGACUUGACUCGCACAGAAUUUCUACAUCAGCGCGUCAAGAAAUUUUGCAAAAUGUUCUAAAUACGCAUAAUAUCAAACAUGGAUUGAAAGGGCUUCAUUCUAAGAUACUUCUGGAAUUGGAAAAGUAUACAACAUAAAAUAUUCACAUGAUCUUACACUAUUGAAAGUCUAGCACUGAGAAAUGUUAAUUUUUGGAUUUAUAAGACAAGAUUUUUGUUACACAAGCAAUGAUAUCUAUAAACUUUUGUUUUGACUUCAAAGAGUGGGGACUCUUAUUGAACUGUUGGUCACUCAGAAUGUCUGCUAAAUCAAAAAUUACUAGGGCUCAAAACCUAAAAGUUGGUUGCAACCAGUAAAAAAGUUUGUAUCUGACUAAAAAUAACGCUCAAAAGAUUAUUAGUCUUUCCAUAAGGUUUUGAGUAAAAUUGUGUUUUUCUAUUUUUUUCUCAAACUUAAGUAAAGAUAGAAAUUUGAAAUUUUGUAAAUCAUUAAGGCAUAAACACCAGUAUAUUUUCAACAUUCCAGUUACAUUAUAAAGAUAAUAAAUUAGUGAUCCUAAACUUAUUUCUUACCAAACCUCUUCUCAAUAUCCAGUUUCAUAAAAAAACGUGUUACGUAAAAUGACUGCUUAUUUAAAACAUAUCUCAAUUUUGAAGGUUCUGAUAAAAUAAAAUUGAAAAUCUAUAAUCUUAUUCUUAUUUAUUUAUUUUAUUUAUUGAAAAGAACUGAUAAUUGAGAAUUUCAAUCUACUUGAUUUCAGAAAAUAUAAUAAAAAUUGAAUUUUACUCACUAACUUGUAGAGGUAUUCAAAGAAGGUGGACUGAGGAAACAUCGUUACCCCUUGAAUUUUGUCACUUUUUGGAUACAACAUUAUUUGUUUAUCAAAUCUAUUUUAAUAAGAAGAGGAUCAUUUUGUAACUGUGCCUAUCUAAAUCAAACAUAAUCAAGUGCACGAAUAAAUAACAAGGAGGAUAUUAAAGUGCAUUCCAUAUCUUCAGUAGAAAAGCAUUAUUACUGAUUAUCAGUUGUUUGUUACUUUGUUUUAAUUUUGUUUUGUAUUUGAAUUAUGUGUACAAUCUAUCGUAUCGAUAGCUAAUGGUAAUUUGGAAUUUUAUUAUAUAACAAUACAAUGUCUGUUUAUGAUUGAUUGUUCCUUCUCUAUGGACAAGUUUCAUUAAUUAAAUAUGUAACAGAAUGUCCAAAUAUCCUCUAUAUUUUUGGUAGCCCACUGAAAUGGAGAGAAGGCAAGACUGCAUUUUUUAUAUUAUGUUAUAAUGUAGAAUAGAGAAUUUUCCUUUCAGCCAAAAUCAUGUUUUUAAUCUAUAUUUUUUAAAUAUUUCUACAUAAGACUCGAUAUUUGUAUCCUUGUAAAUGUAUGCAAUGACCAGAGAUUUUUAUACCAUUUCAGAGUGGAUCACGCUCAACAGGGCGGAUCCUAAUGGUGAAAUUACCAAAAUUUCUUUGGAAGGAAUACAUAUAUCAGAUGCGGUAUAUGUCUAACAAAUGGUAUCUUUAGUCUCUUUAAUAUUAGGGUCCGUCCCGUUAAAUGUGUACCUGCCAGGUAUUAUAAAAAUUUUUGAAUAAAGUGGUGGAAAAAAUUACAUAUUUGGAGAUUAUUCCUCAUAAUUUGUUAAUAUGACUAAACAAAAAGAAACCCAAUCAUCGCAAUAUUGUUUUCUUUUGUAUUAUUCAAGUUGAAAAUGUCACCCUGCAAUUAUAAAUCAACUUUAUUUAAAAUACCAAUAAUAUCCAUUAAGUAAUUAAUAAAUGUGUUUUACAAUAA